AUGGCUGGGUUCGUGCUAAGCCUGCGUCCGGACGAGGAUGCCAUGAUUAACGGCUUCAUUGCCGCCAAGAGGAAUAAUCCUUUCAUCAAGCGCUGGCACGACAUCUACACCGCCAUGUGGAUAGGGGGCGUCACCAACGCAAACGGAUUCCACAAGCACCCUCUUCUGCGACAUCUGCCGCUUCUAAACCCCCCGUUGAGCAAGAGUAAUCUGAAGCUUGACGUGACUAUGGAGCCCUUCACUGACUACCUCGCCCACUUUGUAGCUUUUGAACGGCUGCGAAAACUCAUUGACCCGAGUGACGGCUUUGACGGGCUCGAGUAUUAUCACACCAUGAGCGGCUUCCGCGGGGUGAUGAAGGAGGGAUGGCAUCCCAAAGGCAAACAGGGCGGCAAAGAAAGCUGGCGAGGUGACUUCAAAGGCAUCAAUCAAGUGGCCGGCUGGGUAGGAAAGGGCAGAGAUCCCAAUGCAGAAGAACGAUCGGAACACGUCUCACGACCCUUGUCGUCGCUGAAGGAUCCAUCGUCUUUUGGACCACCACCAAAGCGCGUAGGUGCCGGCGCACCGGCAGGCGUAUCCCCUAGAGCAACACCUGGACCUCCCCGACGUGGUCUCGGAGCUCCUUUAGCACCGGAAGAGAUGCCCCAACGACCCGAUGAACCCGAGGAACAGGAAGACGAGGCUGCGGCAGCGCCUGCGCCCCCGCCUUUACCAUACCGUGUAAAUCGAACUGGGAUCAGCACAGAAGGUCUUCCUCCGCCUCCCGUCCGGCGUACAGAUUCUCCUAUAGAUUCUACGGCGUCUUCACAAUCUAGACCUAAUCUUCCUCCUCGCUUACCUGCUCGAAAUAUGACCUCAAAUUCACCUUCGCCGCCCCCACCGCCAUACUCAGAAACAGAUAGUUCAAUCCAGAUGAACCAGGACUCGGUGUCGCGCCUGCAAAAUGCUGGUGUGUCUGUUCCUGAGCUCGGAAUUGGCCGAGGAGACAGCGAACAGUCCACCACAGCUCAAAGGGGAAUGAGCAAUCAAGUGAAUGAGCUUCAAUCCCGCUUCGCAAAAAUGUCGACGCCGGGAUCUCAAAGUCUCCAGAGUGCUCCAAGUCCCGAUGAACGUCCUUCGACCACGGCACCAUCUGCUCCACGGACAGGAUACGAUGCACAUAAUACAACAGCAUCGAGGACGGCACCACAACCUCCGAACAACCUACGACAGCGCAGCAAUGAGCAUAUUGAAACCGGGAAACAGAAGCUUGCAGCCUUCAAUCAGAAACACCGCAUCACGGAGCGCAUCCAUGCAUACUUUGAAGAACAACCGGCAGAAGCAUCUAGUCAACAAGCGCAGAGCGUGGCACCGCCUCCGCCCCCGCAUCCCAACCUGAGCAGGCAAAAUUCCAACAUCGAUGUGGAGGUUCUGAGUAGACGAAAAGCGCCGCCUCCCCCGCCUCCUGCCAAGAAGAGCUCCUUGAAGUCGAAUCCAGUGAGCAACAAUAGUUCUAGUAGGAGCAGUAUUAACGACGGCCGCACGCCCCCUCCUCUGCCUCUGGGAACCAAGCCCCGAUGA